AUGAUGCAGAGCACGCGUCGUGGAAGAGGCACAGCAAAACCACCGAAGCCACGGGCCUUGGCUUUUCCCCUCCGAGCUCUGAUCGAGAGGAUAAACUCCAACGAGGAUCCGCCUUGGGCCACAUACCUCAGUGCUGGAGUUGUACGUGCUGAACGAUCUGCUCGGCAAGAAGAGAGCAUGCAAGACACUCUGCCACGCCUGCUGGGGUCACGAAAGAUAGAGUGUGGGCUUGGAAGCCUUAGUGGUGGUGGAUGCUGUGGUGGCUCUAGAGUAGAUGGCAUGGGCACGACCAAUGGCAUGACCAGUGGCAUGACCAAUCUAGCAGGACGUGUCUGGGAACUGUCUCAAGAUUCCAAGGGGUGCCGCGACGUUCAGCUUGCGAUCGAGCAAGCUACCGAUGAGCUUCGGCGCCUUCUUGUGGCAGAAGUCGCUGGACACGUGCUGGAUGCAAUGCGAUGCCCUCAUGCGAACCACGUCCUGCAAAAAUGCAUCACGUCCUCGAGGGCCCCAGACUGUCAGUUCAUCAUUGAUGAAAUUAUGGCUUGCAGCGGCUUUGUGGAACUGGCUGCGCGCCACAAGUACGGCUGUCGUAUCAUUCAGAGGCUGCUAGAACGUUGUUCUCCAGCCCAAGUCGAGUGUGUGGCAGCGGCUAUCCUGUCUGAUGUUAGUGGAAUUGCACGCCAUCCUUACGGCAAUUAUGUUUUGCAGAAUUUGCUGGAGCAUGGCACUCAAGCUCAUCGUCACAAGCUGGCCGAGGAGCUCAGAAAGGAGAUCGUGCCCAUUUGCCAGGACUCCUUCGGGAGUGCAGUAGUAGCCGCUGCAUUGUCCCAGCUUUGUAAAGAGGACGCGAUCUCCCUGGCACGAGCGAUAGUCCAGGAACAGGGGCUGCUGACCUUCAUGGCUCAUGCACGUCACGGCCACGCAGCUGUACGUCUUCUUCUGCAGGCCCUGGACGGGCCCGAUCUAGCCAAAGCCCGCGAGUUGCUGGGUGCAGAGCUGCCGUCCCUCAAAGUCUCAAGGUAUGGCAGAAUCGUGGCCAGCUGGCUCGAUGCGGAGGGCAGAAAAUCUGGCGCAGCUGCCUGCAGGGCCGCCUGA